AUGAUUUCAACGAAUGAUACUUAUCAGCAUUAUCCUGUGAUCAAACAAUCGAAAGUACGGAAAUUGUCUACAUAUGCAUCGUCCAUUAGUAGCAGUGGAAGCGCAAGUUCAGUGAGCAAUUCUCCGAAUAGUAGCAAACAGAAACUUUUCUAUCCGAACGGUGAUAACGAUGAAGGCUAUGCAAGUUUUACCACGACAAGCACACUCUUAGGCAGUAAUAAUAGUUCCACACUACAUCGAGAUGAUAGUUCGUAUUAUACAUUCGGUUCGGAACGUUUUUUGUCGAAGAAGACGCCUUCGGUCUCUCGAGUUCUGGCUGAAAGUGGAUCGGAUAAGUCGCAAGUGUCUGACGACGAUGAACUAGAAGGAUUACUCGAUUGGUCUUCGUUGAAUCAACAAGUUCAAGCAUUGGUUUCGCGUUUUGAUAAAUGGCUACAUGAACCAUUGCCUGAUCGUAGUAUCCCGAUUAAAAAGUCUCGUGUUGAACAUGCAUAUCCAGUUUUACAACGACGAACAUCAUCAAUUCCGUUAGCAAUUAAUUUAGCUACCGAUAAUACGAAUAAAAUACCAAAUCAGUCGAAUUAUGUUGUUAAUUUUGUACAGAAUAAUUACAUUCCCAAACAAAAAACGGGAAAAAACAUUCGAUCGCGUGUGAAUUUCAACUUUCCAACUGAAAAGCUUCAACAUUGUACAACUUGUUCAAGACUCAUCCAAUUAACCUCUGCAAUUCAUACACAACGACUUUCAAUCACAUGUCCCUAUUGUGAACAAAUCUAUUGUAGUAAAACAUGUCAACAGUCAGAUUGGCCUAUACACAAACGUCAAUGUCCGCUAGCAAAUUCUUAUUCAUGUUGCGGACAUAUAUUACAUUUAAUGAAAAGUAACACGUGUGUAGUGAAACGUUUGAGCACAUUGGCAUCAAGUGGAUAUUUGUCAUCGGGACGCGGUGCAACAUUACUCUAUUUUGAUAAUAUGAAAGAAGCUGAUCUUUACAUCCAAUCGGGCACUAUUGAAAAUACGCGUUUAAUGGCUGUUUAUUGGGCGUUGACUGACCCGACAACAAUAUCUGCAAUCGAAAACCUUCGUCCAACGGAUUAUGAGCGUUUGAAAGCACUUUGCGUAAAAUAUGAUCCUAGUACAGAAUUCGUUUGUCAUGUGACCAUACGAGUCGAUGAUACAAAAAAUAUUCCACCCAACACAUGUGUAAGUCAAACAAUGGUUUUUAAACUAUUAGAAAAUUCUUCGAGUUCUCAAGCCGAUCCGUCGUCAUCCUCAGGCACUUAUCCAACCUUGUACUUAACAUCCUUAAAUUACGAUCAAGCGGCAGUUUCUGAUCGUCAUCAUAUGCGACAAGUAUUCUUUGCUAAAUUACAAGUUGAAUUACGCGAACGUGGAAUCGAAAUCGAACAACACUAUCCUGAAUUAUAUCAUAAACUAUGUGAUUAUAUUUCAACUAAAUCCGACCAAGAAUACGCGUUACCAUUUACACCGAUAUGUUUAUUUAUGCGACAUAGAUACUCUCAACAAUUGUUCAUGUGCGUGAUCACACCUGAAUCAGAACCUGAUCGUUCGUGGCUGCUCGAUCGUUGUUUAGUGGAGAAACCAUUAACUCAUUUUUCUAGCUAA